AUCAUUGCCCCAGUGGCAGGUCUACUGGUUUUAACUUGAUUGCUGCAGUAAUUGCUCUAAGUAGAAGUUGUUCUACCUGGAACCUUGUUUAUAGAAUUGGAUUGUGUUGGGUUUGAACUGGGCUUCAACUGAAAUACGAAAGCAGAUCUUCAGGUUGGUGCAAAGUUAAUGUCUCCCCAGUUACUUCAAUGGAGCUGUUCUGCUUUACAUCAGUGGAGGAUCUGGGUCACGGUGUCUAAGACCCUGGGAAAGUAUCCCUUCCUUAUAUUGCAGUUUUGUGGCAUUCCAAGCUCUAUUGCUGAAAUUCAACUUCCUGAAAUGUCAACUCCAUAUUGCAUGUCUGAUUUUAAAAAUUGCUGGGGACGGAUGCAGGACAGUUACACAAGAGCUGAUGUCCAUGAUGUCUUUCCCUGGAUAAGAACCCAGGAGCACUUAGUGAAAUGAAAAGAAACCCACCAUCUCCCCAAGGAGGGUAAUGGAGCCCCAUUCUCUGUUUUAGAAGAGCAAGCUACAAGUGCUCACGUUCUCCACUUUUCCAAUGUGCAAGGCAAAGGAAUCUAUAAUCACAGAUUCUAGAAGUGUGAGGUUAUGUUCCACCAAUUAACUCCUCCACUUGGAGUAGAGCACAAGUCAGCCAUCUUCUGAUUUCAAGGCUUAGCUGAACGGAGAUGCAUGAAUAAUCUUUAUAUCCGUGAAUCUUGAUUAAAAUAUUGUCCUUGCUUCUGAUGCAGAAAAUGUCAUUCAGCCCCUACUCCCAUCCUCUCUUCUGAGAUCACAGAAUCAGCACAUAAUACAAAGGAGUCCCAGCAAAUGUCUAUUCAUUGCAAUGCAAACCUUAAUAGGAGCACAUAUCUACAAUGGGAUCCAUUCAGUUUGAGCUGCAAGACUUUAAUGGAAUUUGUCACUAUGGUCUCACCCAUGCUCCAAUGUGAGGACUUUAUAACUUCCUUCUAUUCUUCAAACACCUUUGCUUAUUGCCAGGGAGAGGGGGCGUCUGGCACUUUCAUAUACUCCUCCACAGCAGCUGGCAUCAGGCUAGUGCCGGUGAGUAAGCAGCUGCAAGGAUGAUGUGUGUUUGCGUGUGUGUGUGAGACACUGAACCAGGAUCUUUCUGAAGAAGCUUUGAGAUGAAAUUGCUGAGAAUUUUUGCCUGAAGCAAGGGAUGUUUCCCUAAUCUAAGACAAGCAGCAGCCUGCAAUCAGAGAGACGCAGUGGCUAAAGUCAGUCCAGAAGAGAGACUUUUCACAGAUCUUCUCAAGAGUCCAAAGGGAGAUGGUGAUGAGGAGGAGGAAGGAGGAUCUCAUGAGGCCCCAGUGUCAACAUUCAUCAUGCUCUUUGCAAUGAGAGCCUGAAACUUUCCAGCGCUGAACAUUUCUGUGUCUCAUCUACCACCACACCCUGAAAUCAAAUUCACAGCUAGGUGAACCAGGCACUGUACAAACAUGUCAGAGCUGCCUCCGCCCCCUUCUCUUCCGCUCUCUCUUGCCUUCUCCUUUCUCUUUCAAGUUUCUCGGAGAGUCAACGGAUUCCAGCGUGAGAAUAUUUCCACCUCACCACUGGUUCCGGAGCAGUGAGAAAUCUGGGGAUAUUAAGUGACUUAAUGUACUGGAGGACCGAACAGUGAAGUAGUCUGAGAAGAAGAAGAGAAGCACAUAGCUGGCAUCAUGUUCCGCAAAAAGAAGAAGAAACGACCGGAGAUCUCUGCUCCGCAGAACUUCCAGCAUCGGGUCCACACCUCGUUCGAUCCAAAAGAGGGUAAAUUCAUUGGCCUGCCCCCUCAAUGGCAGAACAUUCUCGACACCCUGAAACGCCCAAAGCCAGUCGUAGACCCUUCAAGAAUCACCAGGAUGCAGCUUCAACCUAUGAAGACUGUCGUGAGGGGCAGCAGCAUCGAAGUGGAGGGAUAUAUCUCUGGGAUACUGAAUGAUAUUCAGAAGCUUUCUGUCAUCAGUUCCAACACUCUAAGGGGAAAGAGCCCGACCAGCAGGAGGAGAGCCCAGUCACUUGGACUUUUGGGAGAAGACAGGUUCCCAGACAUGUAUCUUCAGAGCCCCGAGGUCAACUGGGAAGACAAAUAUGGAAACUAUCUCAACUGCAAUGGUGGAAGCAAAGCAGCCCGAAGGCAGACUAUGUGGCCAGAUUAUAAACCCAGGACAAAUGGGCAAUCUCAUCCCAAUGGUAUGGUAAUGAAAGCAAAGUCCCUUGGGCCUUCAGAAUUCCAAGGUGAGGGUGGGCGCUGCAUCCAGCUCACUUCAGUUUUGCAGCACCAACAGCGCACCUAUGUUCUGGCUGGAAAGAGUGACAAGGCAGAAAGAAGCAGCUCAGAAUGCUGGCCCCAGCCUUGCCUGGUGGCACAAGUGAAUCCCAGGCCUUCUGGGGCGGGAAGCCCUUGCCCCAAAUCGAGGGAAAACAGCUUGAAACGGAGGCUGUUACGAAGUGUGUUGCCCUCAUCUGGCGACUCAAAUAAGUCAGGUCCCACCCUGCAGAUAAAGUCUAAUGCUUUCUGCAGGCCCCAGCAAUGGGGUUCUCCACGCAGUCCUGCAAACAAAGCCCAGUCUCUUCCGCCUGACCAGCCAGCACCAGAUUUAACCAGGAUAAUUUCAGAAGCUGGUACCCCCCAGAAGAGCCCAACAACUGAGAAGGCAACUACAUUGCCACAGGGCAGGCCAUCACCAGCAGGAUCCCCCCGAAACAGACACACUCAGAGCAGUUCCAGCAACCUUCACCUGUCCCAAGACUCUUCUGCUAAAGGACAGUUGGCCAGUGAGGACCCUGUGGUCGUGACUCAUGAGCAGUUCAAGGCCGCCCUCAGAAUGGUUGUGGACCAGGGUGAUCCCCGGACAUUGCUGGAGAACUAUGUGAAGAUUGGUGAAGGGUCCACAGGCAUUGUCUGCAUCGCUCGUGAGAAGCACUCUGGGCGACAGGUGGCAGUAAAGAUGAUGGAUCUGAGAAAGCAGCAGCGACGGGAACUUCUUUUUAAUGAGGUGGUGAUAAUGAGAGACUAUCAGCACAUCAAUGUGGUGGAGAUGUAUAAAAGUUACCUGGUGGGAGAGGAACUCUGGGUGCUCAUGGAAUUUUUGCAGGGAGGAGCCCUCACAGACAUUGUGUCUCAAAUCAGGCUAAACGAGGAACAAAUUGCAACAGUGUGUGAGUCGGUGCUGCAAGCCCUUGGAUACUUGCAUUCCCAGGGUGUGAUUCACAGAGACAUUAAGAGCGACUCCAUUCUCCUGACCCUUGAUGGAAGGGUGAAACUCUCAGAUUUUGGCUUCUGUGCUCAGAUCAGUAAAGAUGUACCAAAAAGGAAGUCCUUGGUAGGAACUCCAUACUGGAUGGCUCCAGAGGUUAUUUCAAGGGCUCCAUACACUACUGAGGUGGAUAUCUGGUCUCUAGGGAUCAUGGUGAUAGAGAUGGUGGAUGGAGAACCCCCCUAUUUCAGUGACUCCCCAGUCCAAGCAAUGAAGAGACUCCGUGACAGUUCUCCUCCCAACCUGAAAAAUUCUCACAAGACUUCUCCAGUUCUGAGAGACUUCUUGGAACGGAUGUUGACACGAGAUCCCCUAGAAAGAGCAACAGCACAAGAGCUUCUGGAUCACCCCUUCUUGCUCCAGACUGGACUUCCAGAGUGCCUGGUCCCCCUUAUUCAGCAGUACAGGAAGCGCACCUCCACCUGCUGACUCUGAGCAUGGGGAAAAGCCAGUAUCCCAGCACUGGAAAUUCAAGUUCUCUUCUGGAAACACUGGUUGUACUUGACCAAGAACUCAAGCAGUGUCACUCUGCGAACAGUGCUUAGAACUUGUCAGUAUUUUUUUUUUUUUUAAAGGAUGAAUGUGAAAAUUCCCCCAAGACCUUUAGCUGCUUCCCUUUUGCUGAAGACAAUCAAGUCAGACCCAAUAUCUUUCAAGAACAAAACAGAGGCAUGACAUGGCUUCUGGAAUCUCGUAUUUCUCUUACAAGAAUGGCAUUUUAAAGAUGUUUGAAUUUGUAUAUUGAAGUGUCUGCAAACUCUGGAAAAUUUUAACUACUGGCUAUCAAAUUGGAACUGUAUUCCCCAAACAAAAAUGUGAUCUUUGUUUUUUAAUGCUAGUUGUACACUGAGUCCUGAGCUGACCCAAAAGAGAUGCAUUUUGAGGCACCAACGUUCUAAAAAAUCCUAUCUUAAACAAUGCACAAGGAUUUCAACACUUUUUUGAGACUUUUCUCUUAUUAUUUUAUCUCAUUCCACAAGUGUGAACAUCAUUGGGCCUGGAAAAGAGCUACCUGGAGGGCAGAUGUAAUAUAUGUUUGGUUGCUUUCCAACUUCCUCCUUUGCAUCAAACUGCUUCAUUUCUAUGGAGAAUAUAUGUGGUUUAACAAGACAAAAAGGUGGUCUGUCUUGACUCGACCGCAUGAUCUUAGAUAUGUGGAGGGAUGAUGAUCCUUGGCAAAGGCCUUCUCUAAGUGUCUCUCUCUCUCUCUCUGCUCUAUAGAGAAAGUACUGCCUGCCACCAGAAUCCUAUGGCUGAAGCUUCAUAACAUGUGACACCACUACCUUUUCCAACACUGACUUGAAUGGGAGGCAAAAUGGUGUUCUCAGCAGGAAGGUUUUAAGAAAGCUUGUCCCAGGAUCUAGAUCCCCCUGGGUACAUUGGAUUUAUAUCAAGAAAUGCUGCCUUGAAACAGCUGUUAGGUAGGACUUUGUACCAUUGUGAAUUCUGUAACAGGCUCAAUAAAAAAUUGAAGAUGUCCUGUCUAUCCCAUUGGAAGAUGUUUGUUUUCUUGGUGAGAAAGUUUGGCUUCCACCUCCCAUGUUUUGUUACAGUGAAGGGUGAUGAGGGGAGGGAGCGGUUGUGUGUAGUUUGUAAUUGGCAUGUCCACCAUCCUUGAAAUGUCUGAAGGUUUCUGUUUGUGUAAGGAGCCGCUUCAAUCUUUUUUAAAGUAAAUUUAGAAUUUUUGUACAAGCUCACUGAUCAGUGAGAUAGUCAUGGUCACUUUGACUCCUAGGUCAGGUUUUAACAUGUACAGUAAUGUGUUUAAAGUCAUGCAGAUAUCUGGAACUUAGUCUUAUCUGUGAAACUGGGAUAUCAUUUUGCAGCCAAAUUAUAAAGAUCAUAGAAAUUUGGAUUUUUUUAGGGCACCCCAACUACCCAAAAAAAACCCCCUAAUUAUUGAAUUUUCUUUAGGAUGUUUUUUAUCCUCCUCUUUCCCUCUACCACCUUCCCUGUUACAGAUUUUGCAAUAGACUUUUAGCUGUAAUAAAUUACAUGAAAUCAUCUAGCCGCCUGGAUGAAACUGAUGCAAAAAAUUUCUGUAUUUCCAAGUAUCCUGUCUUUUUAUGCAAAAGAGCAGAGCCUUUUUAAAGAGGCCUAUAAUUUGAAACACUGUCUGUUUGUGAAUUGGUUGCACUUGUGUUUUAAAUUAAAGUAGAUCUUGAUCUAUUCAUUAA